AUGCAACAAUAUGCAGCCGAAAUUGUUGUGGAUAGAGUUUCACCUGGGUUUUUACUUUACCAACUAGGAGAUUAUGUUAAAGCUCGAGAAUAUUUUCAAAAAAUCUUAAACAUUACAUCUUUAAAGGGCCGUGAGAAAGCUCAUUGUUAUCGUGGACUGGGUGCAGUAGCAGCAGAAGAAAACAACUAUGAAGAAGCAUACAAGAACUUUAUAAAAGAAUUUGAUAUAUGGCAGAAACUCAACGACGAAGUAAGUCGUAUGGGAGCGUAUAAAAGUAUUGGAGAUAUGCUGUUUCAUAUGGGAAAAUUUAAAGAAGCAUUGGAAUAUCUUCAAACAGCAGGUGACUAUUUUAGAUUAAACGAUUAUAAGAUGGAAUAUACUCGCAUCUAUGGUAUGAUUGGGCAUAUUAUGGGUGUUGAUGAACAAUGGAAAAAUUGUCUGAUGUGUUAUGAGCUACAAUUGGAUGUGAGAGAAGAAAUGUUAGAUCCAAAUCAUGAAGAUAUUGGGAUUACUCAUGCACAUAUUGGUGUUGCCUAUGGUAGAAUGAAAAAAUAUGAAAAAGCAAUUGAGCAUUUUAGAAAAGCACUGAAUAUUUAUAGGCACUCAUAUCAACCAGAUCAUCCGAAUGUUCUCAAGGCUGAAGAAAACUUACAGAAUGCAAUCCGAUUGUUAAAUGAAGGACAAUAG